AACGCCACCUUGUCUAAUCCAGGAACGGGGAGCAUCAUGUGAACCUGGUGGGUGGCAGGGUCCAGGCAGAGGGACACGGCUCAUGCCCUGGAGGCGUGGGAUCCCCUGACCAGGUCUUUACAUCUCUGCAUCAGGCUGAGAACAGUGGACCCAAGAGCAGCCCUGCAGCCAGAGACAGCAGCCUCUGAAACCUUUAUUGAAGGUUCCUUUAUUGAAGUCCGGCAGAGAGCAUCUGCCAGGGACUGGGCUCAGCAGCAAGAGAUCUGCAAACCCUGAUGUGAGGAGAAGACGUACGACCAGCCGGAGCCAUGCUGCGCGUCCCGAGCACUUCACAGUGUCUGUUUUUCCACCUGUAAAAUGGGACUGUGUGUUUUGGCGCUGGGACUGCUCCUCCCGCACCUCCGGUGUCCACAACCGUGCUGGCCCGUGGGACGACCCACGCAGGGAGGUCCCCUCCUUUCCCGAGCACAGCCAUUGCUGCCUCCAUCCUGGACUGUAGGCAGGGGACAGGGCAGGGAAAAGGCAAGGUCGUGGGUCCUCUGAAAAGCGGGGCGUGUGUCCAUUUUUUAAAAGCAAGUAGCAGCACCUGGGUGAAUAUCGUGGUCUCUUGAAGGUAGAGGACACGAGUGGCCUAAUGGCACUGCUUUCUGCAGCUCGCACACUGAUAUGAGCUUGGGAUGCAUUCAAGGCGUUCUCCCGCUCCAGUUUCAUAAGUGCCAUGGCUGCAUGAGUCCCAUCCCAGUGCAGCCGGGAUACGCGCAGCUGCCUUCUUCGUCGCCCACCUCACAAAAACAGCUGCUGCUUUUCGGGUGGUGCUGCUCGUUCCUUCUUCUCACCAAGAGCUCGCUUGAGGAGAAAUGAUGCGCGGAGGGCUCCGAGGCGCCAUAACCUGCUGAGUUGGUGUCCUUUUUCCCUUCAUCUUUCCCAGUUUUUACCCUUUUCCCAUCAGGCCCGGGGCGGGAAAGGAGGGGCCUCAGUGAUGCGGGGACUACAUUUCCCAGCAUGCAACGCGGAGGAGGCAACGAGUGAAACGCGUUUUGCCCUCCGCGUUGCAUGCUGGGAAAUGUAGUCCCCCUUUGGGCGCCCGUGCUACUUGAAGGGCCCUAUUGGCUGGCUUCUCUAUUGGCCAGGAGCCACGUCAAGCAACAGCCGGAGGCGGGGCGUGAGGCUCCCGCCGCCGUUCCUACUGGUCGGGACGAGCGGGGUGGGCGGGGAGAGUUGAGGAAAAGCGCCCGCCCCCUGUUUUGAUUGGCUGAGGGGAGGUUUGGCGCCAGCUUCGGAGCGGGGCGACGGGUAGCGGCUGGGGUCAGAGCGGCGCGGGAGGCGCUGACAGGAGGACGGCGGCGAGCGGGCUCGGCUCCAUGGAUCCUACACCGUGCGGUGCUUACCGCCGCCGUCGCCUCCUCCUGCUCUCCCCGGCUUCUCCCGCUUCACCCGCCGUCGUCAAGUCUCUCUUUCCCGAUGACCUCUCUCCGGUUUCUGACCUCCGCCUCACCAUGGAGCAGCUGGGACGACGUCAGCAUGAAAACGCUGAGCAAGAUCUGGAAAACAAGAAUGCUAAUGGUUUACAAAGAACAGUGUCAUCGGAAUCAACAGACUCAGGUUGUGCCUUGGAUUCGCCUGGUCCUGCAACCUCAAACGAUAUCACGGAGGAAACGUUUGAGAAAGCAAUUCUUGAAUCCAGCAGACUGAACCUUCGGAUGCCUUUCAGAAGAAUCCAUUCACUGCCACAAAGCCUCCUGGGAUCCAGCCCUGCUCUGAAGAGAAAUCAUUCCGAUUCUCUGGAGAGUGAUUCUUUUCAACUGUUGGAACAAGAUGAAAAUAAGGAGAAUGAAUCAUUUGAGUUUAAGAAGCCAACCAAACCAGCUUCUCGUUGUUCUGCGCACGUCCGUUCCCGUGAUGGAAAAGGUGUUCCUGGACCGAGGCAGAAUUCGUCUCCAGCUCAGACAUUACCCCCGGGUGAACAGGAGAACUACAGGCCAGCUUUCCCGCAGCAGUCUGCUCUGGCAUCCUCUGAAAGCGAGGAUGAUGAUGGAUUCCUAGAGCUGUUAGAUGAGCAAGAUUUGAAGAACGAUGAGGAGAUGCCAUCUGAUGUGUCGAGCCUCUGGACUGCGCCGCUAGUCAUGAGGAAAACGGACAAUCGGGCCAAACGCUGCCGGUUGUUUGGCUCUUCAUCUCUGCCUGCUGCUGUCGGAAGAACCCCCCAGAAAAGGAUGGAGAGGUCCCAGGAAGAGAAUUCUCCAGGGAAAAGCAAGAAGAGGAAAAGCCUGCCUGGAACACCUUCUGAGGACUCGACGAGUUUGAAAAUGGUAAAGACACAAUCCUCCACCGCAGAGAUCGAAAGCAUUUUGGACAGUGACCAGAGAGACCUUAUCGGUGACUUCUCAAAGGGUUAUUUAUUCCACACUGUCGAUGGGAAACAUCAAGAUUUAAAAUACAUCGACUCAGAAAUGAUUGUGUCUGUGCUGACUGGGAAGUUUGCGAGCUUCAUCAAGGAAUGCGUGAUAAUUGAUUGUAGAUACCCGUAUGAGUACGAAGGAGGACACAUCAAGGGCGCUGUAAACCUACACAUGGAGGAGGAUGUGGAAGACUACUUGCUGAAGAAGCCAAUCCAGCCGUCGGAGAACAAACGAGUGAUAAUCGUCUUCCACUGCGAGUUUUCUUCAGAGCGGGGUCCUCGAAUGUGCCGGUUUGUGAGAGAGCGGGACAGGCUGGGUAACGAAUACCCCAACCUCCAUUACCCAGAGCUCUAUGUCCUGAAGGGGGGUUACAAGGACUUCUUCUCAAGAUGCCGUAGCUUCUGCGAGCCCCAGAGCUAUCGCCCCAUGCACCACGAGGACUUUAAAGAAGACUUGAAAAGAUUCCGCACCAAAAGCCGGACCUGGGCUGGUGAGAAGAGCAAAAGGGAACUCUACAGUCGCCUGAAGAAGCUCUAAGGCCUGAACUGGACGCGCAAAGGCUGCCCAUCGUCGGGGGGAGGCUGCAGUGGGAGGGAGACGACCCUGUUCCUCGCUUGCGGUUAUCAGGUACCGGCUCCCUCCUCGUCUGUUGUCCCACCGGGAACACCCUGGAACUUGUGGCUGCAGGUUGAAACCGAGCAACCUGGGAGCUGACUCUUCUCAAUCCUCUCGUUCCGCUGCUUCGAGGAAAUGGCUUCUCGUCUUCCGUGACAUCCACAAACUGCCCAAUGCUCUGCCCAGGGGGUGGGGGGAGAGGCUGUCGCGUGCCACUGACGUGGGGCUUGGCUGGUACGUGGUGUAAGCAGUGAGGGUAUUUUAGUGUCUGGUUUGUUUUCAGGUUGUUUUUUUUUUUUUUUAAAUGCUUUAUUUUAUUUAAAUACAGUCAAAUGAAGCUC